AUGACCCUCAACUCCUCCGUCCCGGCUUUAGAAAGUUUGCUGUCCUCAAUAUCAUCUUCAAACACACUAUACCUAGACCUCGAAGGAUAUAAUUUAAGUCGCAAUGGGACUAUUUCUUUUAUUGCUCUCCUUGUCCACCCACAAGAAGUAAUUCGAACUAUUGACGUCUUAGCUCCCGGCGCUCUUUCUUUCACCACCGCUUCACACAAUGGCAAAACUCUCAAGUCCAUUCUUGAAGAUCCAAACACCCCGAAAUGCCUCUGGGACGUACGGAAGGAUGCCGAUGCCCUUGUGGGCUCUCUAUCGUGUUGGUCUCGCUGGGGUGACUGA